CGUAGUUUAACUGUGCAGUUGUUCGCCUCGGCUUCGCACCGGUGAAGGAGUUUGAGCUAUAUUAUUGUCGAGCUCACAUCAAAAGACAUAAUUCAUAGUUUAUGUCUUUAAUGCGCAAAGCUAUUAGGAAUCUGUUUCAUGGACGUUAUUUCGUCUACAAGAGACUGGUAAUUGGUUUCAUGGGAGCUGACUUUCAUGUAUUACCAAAGGACACUGCAGUCUGACAUUCUUUCGGAGAUCUGAGCAGUGUCCUCCCAACCAGAUCAUUUAAUACUGUCCUCGAGCCACAACAUCAGCAUGGACUACUCCUCCCAGGACUUUCACCUGAAAAUCAUCAGCCUGGGCUUCAUCUUCUACACCUUUAUCUUCCUCCUCUCUCACAUCCUAUCUAGCCUGCUGUUUCACAUCUACUGCUCACUGCCAGCCAAAGAAAAGGUCUUCUGGGAUUUGGCUGCGACACGGGCUGUGUUUGGCAUCCAGAGCACGGUGGCAGGGCUUCGGGUGCUCAUGGAGGACUCUGCCAUGUACUCUGAUAAGAUUCUUGGGCAGGAGGACUGGUCCUGGUUCAACGUGCUGACCGCUACGGGAUUCUUCCUGUUUGAAAAUGUGGCCCUUCAUGCGUCCAAUGUGGCAUUCCGGUCCUUCGACCUGCCGUUAGCUGUGCAUCACUUCUUCGCCCUUGCAGGGUUCGCCGGGUCCGUUGUGUGGAACUGGCUGGGUCAUUUCCUCCCUAUGGUGACUUUGCUGCUAGAGAUGAGCACACCUUUCACCUGCAUCUCCUGGAUGCUGCUUAAGUUGGGCUGGUCUAAGACUCUGUUCUGGAAAGCUAACCAAUGGAUGAUGAUCCACAUGUUCCACUGCCGGAUGGUUCUGUGCUACUACAUGUGGUGGGUGAGUUGGAAUCAUUGGGAGGAGAUGAACACUCACAUCCCAUUGGUUCAGAGACUUCUGUUCUUCACAGGCCUCUUCCUUCUCACCUUCUUCCUCAACCCCAUUUGGACCCAUAAAAAAACCCUGCAGCUUCUCAAUCCUGUGGACUGGAACUUUGACAACAGACCUGCAGCAGAGAACGGACCGAUCCGAGACCAGGCUCAACAUAAGCCCCAUGCCAGCUGAUUAAUACUAACAUCAAGUUCUUAUAGGAAAUACA